CAUAAAAGCGAGCGACAGGCCAGACGAUGCGCAUUCACUGGAGCUAGCUUCGAGUCGACGGUUCGCGCAGCAGAAACGGAAACGGAAGUGAGAAAAGCAAAAUAAGUCGAAGAGAAAUCAGCAGCGGCAGCAGCAGCCAAACCAGACGCAACUCAAUAAAGAAAAGUGCAUAGUGAAAACGAAAGCCAAAGAACAGUUUGUGCACUUAAAGACCAGUUAAAGCCAACGAGCCAACGAACCUUGAGCCUUGAGCGUUGAGUGUUGAGCCUUGAGCGACCGCAAACGAGCUACUGUGAAUACCUAUUCACAGUUGAGUGGGCGCUGAGGCGUGACACAGAUUCCGAUUGAGAAGGGAGCCGUAGAGUCACAGAGCCACAUCGAAGACUGCACCAAGCAGCUGCAGCGGCUUUUAUCGAUUAUUUCGAGAGACAGCGAACGGACUGAGCAGCCGUUGAGCAAACGCAAACGGACGCAGUUCGUCCGAUUCUAGGGAAAGCGGCCCAGCACAAAACCACUACAACGGAGCCAUUCAGCGAGCGCAAUUUGGUGCUAGGCGCUGUCCGAGACGCCGCCAACAGUAAAACACGAACAUUGACGCUGAAAAAGACGACGCCACAUCGAUAGAGGCUGCACUGAGAGCACAACUGGGAACAGGGAACGAGAACGAGAACGGGAACGGGAGCCAGCAAGCCAGCCAGCCAAAUGGCUUACCUAAUUAACAUACUCAAGUUCAAUGUGAAGUACUUAAAAAAUCAAUAAUUUGAGCACAGUCUGACAAUUGUCAUCCAUCACACUAUAUACACAUAGACAAAUACACAUACAUAUAUAUAAACCCUUAUAUAUAUUAAAGUAAGCGCUCGUUUGGGGCAUUCACACACACAUACACACACACGCAGACACUCACACGUACGAGUUCCAGGACUUCCUCGUUUCCUCCACCUCCCGCUGCCGUGAACGUCUACUUUCUAUAGCCGUCUCGCUCGCGACUUGUUGUUGCUUUGCUGCAGCGAUUGCUGUCCAUUGCCAACGCUCGACCCGUACAAUGGAAAAGUCUGGGAAAUUUUCAGAUUACCUCUUCGCCAAAAUGGGUCCCCCGAAUAUGACGGCAGCCGUGCACGGCACUGAGCUGCCACCGAAGACCACGGAACGCUGCGAUGCGCCCCUGGAGCUAACUGGCUAUCGCAAAUGGCUGAGCGAUAAUCUGAUGCUCCUUGUCACGCUCUCCGGCGUCAUGCUGGGCGUCAUUUUGGGUCUCUCGUUGCGUCCGUUGCAGCUGCACGAGGACUCCAUUAUGCUGAUCUCGUACCCAGGCGAGCUGUUCAUGCGAGUGCUGAAACUGAUGAUACUGCCAUUGGUUAUCUCCAGCCUGAUUGCCGGAUCGGCUAGCCUCAAUGCCAAGAUGAAUGGGAAAAUCGCGCUGCGCACUCUCGUCUAUUUCGCCACGACUUCGAUGUUCAAUGCGGCGCUGGGCAUUGCGCUCGUAAUGCUCAUUCAUCCAGGCAAUCCGGACUUGCACAAUGCUGACGAUCGGGCAUCGGACAAACGGGCUGUUAAGUUACUGGACAGCCUUUUGGAUUUGGGCAGAAACGUUUUUCCGGACAACCUAUUCCAAGCAUCGAUACAACAGGCGCACACCGUCUACUUGCCCAAGCCGAGCGUUUUGCAUAGCUUGAAUGACACAGCCAACGAUACAGCCGUAGGCAUUGUGCACGGCGUGGAAGCACAACGUCAAAUCCCGGAGAUGGAACCGGUGGUGCUGGUGAGGGAUGUGCAAUAUCGCAGCGGCACCAAUACGUUGGGCAUUGUGUUCUUUUGCCUGGUCUUUGGCACCGUCUUGGGCACCAUCGGGCAGAAGGGUCAGGUGGUGGUCGACUUCUUUGCGGCCGUAUUUGAGGUGAUCAUGAAGAUGGUGACGUGCGUGAUGUGGCUAACGCCGGUGGGCAUCAGUUCAGUCAUCGCUGGCAAAAUACUAAGUGUCGAUAAUCUGAGCCUGGUGAUGGCCCAGCUGGUGUGGUUCAUCAUAACGGUGGCCAUCGGUGUGGUCAUCUAUCAGCUAAUUGUGAUGCAGUUCAUCUACUUUGUGUUCGUGCGACGUAAUCCCUUCAAGUUCUACAAGGGCCUCAUUGAGGCCAUGCUAACCGCCUUUGCUACAGCAUCAACCGCCGCCGCUCUGCCGCUGACAUUCCGCUGCAUGAACGAGAAGCUGCGCAUUGAUCCGCGCAUCACACGCUUCGUCCUGCCCAUUGGCUGCAACAUCAACAUGGAUGGCACCGCCCUCUUCAUAGCUGUCGCCUCCAUCUUCAUCGCCCAGAUGAGCGGCAUGGUGCUUGGCUUUGGUGAACUCUUGACCGUGCUGCUGACCUCCACGGCGGCCUCCAUGAGCUCGGCAAGCGUGCCGAGCGCAGCGCUGGUCCUGCUACUAGUCGUCCUGACCGCCAUCGAUGCACCAGUACAGGAUGUGACAUUGCUCUUCGCCGUGGAUUGGUUUGUUGAUCGCAUACGCACAACCAAUAACAUGCUAGGGGAUUGCUAUGCCGCCGCCGUCGUCGAGGAGCUGUCGCGCAAGGAGCUAAUGGCAUUGGAUGCUGCUGCUGUCAAUUAUCAGGAUAUGCCCGCUGGUACACCCAAUGGGCAUCAUGUGGGUCUGCUGGAGGGCCAAACCGAGCUGGAAUCACCCGGAAAAUGUCAAUUGAAUGACUCCGUAGUCGUGGACAUGAGCGCCGUAAUGAAUAAUGUGAAUCUUCAGCAGGAGCAGAGCAAUCGUCGGGUCUAAGCGAUUAAACUGGACUUCAAGCAGAAGCACCAAUAAGCACGUAGAUUACCACCAAUAGACCACAGUGUUCCCCCAAUAACAACAACAACAACAACAACAAAAACACCUUUUGAUAAACUCUUUUUUGAUUUUUUGAUGAAGAAGCUUUUCAAAACAAGAAAACAAUAAUAAUUCAACAUUUAUAGAAAUGUCAAUCCAACUGUUUGUGAGACUGUCCAAAUAGAAUUUUGUCUAUGAGUUAAACCCACCCUGAAAAAGAAUGACGAAGAUAGUGAAAACUAUAUCAGAUAGACAAGCAUACACAUAUAGCUGUGUUUCCAUAAAAGAUCUGAACAAAAUAUCAAUAGCAAUUACUUAGGCAGAUGCAAAUAUACACGCGAAGUUCGAAUCGGAUGGGAUCGAAAUUAAAUACAUAUACACAUAACAAAUAUAAUAAUAGAUUAUGAAUAUAGUAGAGGCCACCUGCAAGAUUCAUAUAACACAUAUAUAGGCAGUUAUAUGAGUCAAUUAAUAGGCGUAUACGUAUAUAUAAUUUCGAUAUGAUAUGCAAUGAAAGUAGUA